CAACCAGACAACCAUCCAAAGCAUCAAGGCACCCAUCCAUGUUCGCCCUCAACAAGCAGGCAACCAUGCUCGCAGCACGGAGGACCAUGGCCACAGCAGCACAUGGCAGUGCAGCCUCUUCCUUCGCAGUCCGCAAGCAGGCAGGCAUCCUCGUCGCUUCCCGCGAUGAUGGCAGGCCAACCACAUCCCUCUCCGUCGUGAUCCGCGCAGGAUCCAGGUUCGAGAGCAGCCCAGGUGUCGCACACCUCCUCGAGAAGUUUGCAUUCCAGAGCACAGAGAAGCGGUCGGCUUUACGCAUUACUCGCGAGGCAGAGCUCAUUGGAGCGACACUCUCAUCCCAAAUCACCCGCGAGCACAUCAUUCUCGGGGCCCAGUUCCUCCGCGAAGACCUGCCAUACUUCACCCAACUGCUCGGCGAGGUCUUGGCUCACACAAAAUACACCCACUACACCUUACCCGAGAGUGUCUUGCCCCUAGCUCAAGUUGAGUACAAGGCCUCUCAACACUCCCCUCCUGCUCUGGCUGCUGAUACAUUGCACCAGCUUGCCUUCCGUCGUGGUCUUGGAAACCCAUUGCUCGCUACACCCACUGUACCCGUCUCCACUGAGCAGGUGGCAGCCUACGCAAAGCAAUCUUACGUCAAGGAGAACAUUGCCAUUGUGGCUACAGGUGUAGACCAAGCUCGACUCGACCAACUCGUCUCUGAGCACUUUAGCAGUGUUCCCUCCGGUGCGCAGGCACAAGUUUCUGAGAGCAAGUACUUUGGAGGUGAAGCGAGACUUCCUUACAGGUCAAGCAUUGGACACUUUGCCAUUGGCUUCCCAGGCGCAGCUGCCUCACCACACGUCCCAGCCGAGAUGGCAGUGUUGGGUGCAUUGCUCGGUGGAUCGAGCAGUAUCAAGUGGUCACCGGGAAACUCCAUCCUAGGUCAAGCUGCAGCGUCGGUGAGUCCACAAAUCAAGGCACUCGCCAACCAUGGCACGUACACCGAUACAGGGCUCUUUAGCAUUUACAUCAUGGGACCUACCGCACAGAUCCCUCAGGCAGCCAAGGCUUCCGUCAAUGCACUCAAGCAGAUUGCCUCCAAGGUCAGUGCUGAAGACUUGAAGCGUGCCAUUGCUCAAGCCAAAUUUGCCGCGUAUGCAGCGGCUGAGGAGCGGACUCUGUCUGCUGAGGCCGUUGGACGGUCAUUGUUGGCAGAAGGUAAGGCGCCUGCUGUUGAAGAGACCGUGCAGGCAUUGGAGAAGGUGACGGCGGACAAGGUGCAAAAAGCGGCCAAGAAGUUGCUUGACAACAAGCCUUCAGUGGCCGCUAUUGGUGAGACGCACAAGAUGCCAUUCUUUGAUGAGCUCUAAAGUCAAAAUACAGGAUCACAAUUAGAGAUUAGGCCUAGUUGCUGUAGCUAGGUAAUCAAACUACCUCAUGGAAACAUC